AUGUACCAAAUCGAAGAACAUCUGGCGCCGUUACCAGGCGUUAGUACAAACUCGUUUUUAGACGAAUCCAGUUCCGAUAAUGAUUCAUGCGUUGAAAUUACGUCUGUUGUCGAUGAAAAUGAAAAUGAAUUAAUCGAAUGGACUAGCUAUUUACAAUUAAAUUCGGACAGUGACGAAGAUAGCGACGAAAAUUAUUCUUCGACUCAACCUGCACCACUCGUUAAUUAUUCGUCGUCAGAAUCAUCCAGUGAUGAUGAAAACUUAUUACAAUCAUCUCAUCCAUCUCCAUCUUCUAAUAACAACAGCAUUGUCGAUAUUACGUCUUCAUCAACAUCAACUAUCAUCAACAAGCGCAAGCGACGUCAGUGGACCGUAAACGAAAAAUUAAAUGCGAUCGCCUGCUUUGAAAAAAACAACAGCAAAAACCAAACUGCUAGAGACGUCGGAUGUGCUACAAAACAACUUCGCACAUGGAUCAAGAAUAAAGAUGAAUUAUUAAAAUUGUCAUCACGAAAGAAAGAUAAAAAACGCAAGCGUCUCGAUGGAGGUGGUAAAAAAUUUACUUAUGUGGACCUUGACUCUCGGUUAUUUGCAUGGUAUCGUCAAAAGCGUACUGCUCCUGGAUCGACAACCACACCUGUUUCUGAUAUUCGUAAGGAAAGAAUAACAUUGCGUCAACUUCAACGCCGUGGACGACAACUAAGUGAAGAAUUAAUUCAUUCAUGUCCAUCAUCGAAAUGGUUUGGUCGUUUUCUCGUUCGUCAUCGACUUUCUCUUCAACGUCCUAAACGACAACAGAAGAUUCCACUCGACGAAGUUUAUCAAAAAGCAACUUCAUUUUAUACUUUUCUUCGACGAACAAGUCGAUGGGCUCCAAAGCGUGGUCCAAUGGGGGCAUUUACCCCGCGGGAUGUCUUUAAUAUGGAUGAAUCUCCACUUGCAUUAUUCGGUGAUCAAGCAAAACGAUCAAUCAAUGAUAUCAACACUUGCAAUGAAGUAGAAGGAUGUUUGAGUAACAAAAGGUUUUGUACGGUUAUUUUUACAGUCUCAGGUGAAGAUCAACUUGCUGGUCCUGUUUUAUUAUUCAAAUGGAAGGGUCACAUUUCGCCUGAUGAACAAAAACAAUAUGCUAAUGAUGUCAAAGUGUUCUUCACUCCGGAAGACAUUAUCAAUAUUCCAACGAUGAACAAAUAUAAUGAAUGGUUCAUUUCCAACGUUCAAGAUGGACAUCCUAAGAUGCUGAUUGUCGAUUCAGCAGGUUCUUAUCUUAAUUCAGAAACCGUUCGGCAUCUUCGAAAAAAGAGCGUUGUUGUUGCUGUUAUUCUUACCGGAUGUACCAUGUAUCUUCAAGCACUUGACAUAUCAAUCUUCUCGACGUUCAAAAACCAUUAUACCGAUGCAGCAGAAGAAUAUAUCGAACAAUAUGGCCCAAGACAUAGAAUUAAACUUACAGCUUCACAAUCAAGAAUUCUUUGUACUCGAUUAACAAUGACGGCAUGGCAACGUACAAAGGCAAGCAUCAACUUCAAGGAAGAAUUUAAAAACAUCGGAUAUAUAUGGACAAAUAAUAUGCGAAUAUUACCGAGAACUCUUCCGAAUUAUACAUUCGAUCCAGUUACAGUUGAUUCUCCAUUAAUACAUAUUGAUGAAUCUGAAGAUGAUGAUGAAGAACAACAACAAAUUGAAAUUCAAGCAAAAUUAGCUGAAGAUCAGGACAAAAAGUUAUCACAACAGAAAAAUAAACAAUUAAAAUUAACUCAUUUUUGGAAAAAGUAA